AUGGCUCGGCCUCUGGAGCCAAACCGACGCCGAUCCUUUUCCGAUCCACUGGCUGCUGCGCUCAUGCCCCCUCCAAACGAGAGUGCUGCAGAUCGUGAAAGGAGAUUGGAAGCAGAGUCAGAGGCCAAGCAGGUCAGCGAUAGAAUCGAUGAAAUGCUCCGUGCAGAGAAGAAAGAGAAGAGGACCAAACCUGAAGUCAAGGUCUUGAUUCUGGGGCAGAGCGAGAGUGGCAAGAGUACGACUUUGAAACAAUUUCAAUUAAUGCAUGCGACUGCUGCCUUCCAUGCUGACCGAAUCGCAUGGAGAGCUGUAAUAUAUCUUAACCUCGUGCGAUCCGUCCGCCGCAUCCUUGAUGCUGUUUCCCCUGAAUCAGACGAAGCAGAGGAUCAGGAGACUGUAUCUGGUCGUGCAAUCUCCUUUACUAGUCAGUCUUCCGUCAUUUCUGCGACUAGGGUCCUCAAGUACCCCCAAUAUCGCCAUGCAUUGGAACCUCUGAGGGAGCUGGAGGAACGUUUGAUCAGAAUGUUAUCAUCUCCGAAUGAAGACGAGCCUACCCACACUGCCCCACGGCCUGAUUGGAGUAUCUAUGCAAACGGUAACUCUAAUACCCAAGUUACUGUUGGCAAGAACGGCCGACCCGCGCCAUUCAUUACCAUACCCCCCUCGCGGACAUCCUCCCCACUUUCGCCCUCAACGAGCCUCCCUUCUCCUGGUGGGUCAAGCAACAGCUCGUCUAAAUCAAAGAAUGUGGAAGUUAGCGUUCAUCAUACCUCGAACUGGAAAAAGGCCUUUUCCCUUGGCAAUAGGAUCAAGAGUCCUAAGAGUGCACACACGAAUGAGAUUGAGGGCUGGUGGGACGAUCCAAGCGACCCUGUUCAUGUGCUCAAUUCUUGCGCUCAGCCGAUGCUGGCAUUAUGGAAGGACCCCAGUGUCAAGCAACGCCUACGGGAGAAACGGAUCAGAGUAGAAGAGGGCAGUGGCUUCUUUUUGGACGAAAUAUCCCGUAUCACCGCUCUACGGUAUUUUCCGAGCGACCAGGAUGUCUUGAAAGCCCGGCUCAAGACCACGGGCGUCGUAGAACACUCCUUUUCAAUUGCUGAUUCCCAGCGCCGGUUAAUCCCAUGGAAGAUUUAUGACGUAGGAGGUGCCCGAAAUCAACGGCACGCUUGGGCGCCUUACUUCGAAGAUGUAAAUGCUAUUAUUUUUCUGGCACCUAUCUCUGCUUUCGAUCAGGUAUUAGCAGAGGAUCCAGAGGUGAACAGACUAGAAGACUCCGUGCUGUUAUGGAAAUCUGUCGUAUCAAACAAACUACUGGCGCACGUCAGCAUCAUUCUUUUCCUGAACAAGGUCGAUCUUUUGCAGGCAAAGCUCAAGAGCGGUGUCCGACUCAGCCACCAUAUGCCGCGCUAUGGUGACAGACCAAAUGAUUACGAAAAUGUAUCUUCAUACUUUUAUAACAAAUUCGGGAGCAUUCACCAAACAUUCUCGUCGAAUAAAGAGAGGGAGUUCAAGAUUCAUCUUACGUCAGUUACUGACACCAGGCGGACAGCCACGAUCAUACAGAAUGUACGAGAUAUCAUCAUUACCGUAAACUUGAAAAACAUUCAUUUGAUGUAA